AUGUCAUCCUGGCAUCUCCGUGACGCUCGUACGGGCCGAAGCUCUUCCGAAACCUUGGGGGCUGGUCCGUCGAGACCCCCGGUUGCGGAUCAAACCGCCGAUGCAAUCCAGGCUCCGCCACCACCUCUCGGUCGACUGCUCGAGGAGGUGCGCGUCCAAGACCUCGCCGACUCGGCAAAGAAUCUGGCGGCAUCUGCCGUCGUCAAAGACAGCGUCCUGGUGUCCUCGUACAACUGGGCCAGUGGUGGAGGGAGAGUACAAGAGCCUACAAUCACAGUGCCCGGCCGGCCACCGCGCUGGACUCCUCUGUCGAGGCCUAUAAGGCUUCCCGACGACAAUGGCAACUACGGCUGGGGCAGGUCCGUUAGUACCCGCAAAGUGUACCGGGACCAGAAUGCGGCCGGCUUCCCCAAGCAUCCCAUGGAGCCUGCCAUUUUAGCAACGCUAGAGACUGCACCGGAUUUCCUCGCGGAGCACAGCAUUGAUGUUAUCGCUUGCGGCAGCACCAUGGGUAAUCUGCUUCGAUUCGUCAAAGGCCAGGACAAAAUGUUCCGGAUGCUUGUACAGGUCGUAGAUGAUAGCGUUUUCCUGAUCCGCAGAGAAAAUUCCCCUACGGAGCUUAUCCCGGACAUACAAGGAUUCGGUCAUUCAUUCCCAGAAAACUACACUACCUGGGAUUACGAUGUCAGGGGCUCGAAAUCACACCAGCGAAUGGUGAGCUACCGGUUUGGAAACCUUAGGUUCCUCGUCCGCUUUGAGGGAGACGGGUAUCUCGGCCAGCAUCCUGGCGGUGACAAGCCGGUGCCGAAUCGGAGAACGGAAAAUCAGGUAGGCAACCAGACCAGAUCGUCCAUCUCUGUUCAUGAUUUGGCCCAAAGCAUGAGCGGCACCGGCGUCUCGGUCGGAAAUGAGGUCAAGGGGGAUGUGAUCAAGAUCCAAAGGUCCGGUGCACUGGUCAAUCAGGACCUGAUUUUUGACCUCAAGACCCGCAGCUGCAAAAAGAGAGAUCAGCUCGAGGAGAUGAAGGGCGCAGAGUUGCAGCGUCUCUGGGUCUCACGCGUCACAAAGUUUAUCCUGGCCUUCCACAACCGAGGCUUGUUCGACGACAUUCGAAUCAUGGACGUCAAAGAUGAAAUCGACGAAUGGGAAUCGACCAACAGUGACGCUCUAGCCAAACUUGCGGCGCUCGUCCAUCGCAUCAUCGCUCUGGCCCGGGCACAGCCGGAUGGGAAGAUUGAGGUCUGUCGCUCAGAGGGUUGUGUGCUUGAAAUCCGCCGGCAGGUGGAGGGUCUCGGAGAUGUCUUAUCGCCAGAGACCAGAGAUAGAUGGAUCGGCAGCUCAGCGGGAGGAGCAAGGUUUGGACGAUAA